AUGGGUCUUCCUGCAGCGCUUCGUUAUAAAGUUGUUGUUUUUUGGCUUGUCUUUGUUAGCGUGUUCUUGUUCUUCGCAUACGCCCCACUGCCGGAGCGAAUAGACGCACUCCGCGAUGCCGCCGUCAAUACAGCGGCCGAUACAGUCCGCCCCUAUCGACCAAAUGGGCAGCAAUGGCAGCCCACGACACUGAAAGACAGCAACGCAAAGUAUGCAUACGCGACCUUUCUCGCUGGUAAUGCAGAGGACGCUGAGAAGGACGUUUAUUUUCUUGGCGCGCGACUUCUUGCGUACCAGCUGAUCCACGCCUCGGAAACGAGGUCAAACACCUCGAUACCGUUUAUUGUCAUGGUCACCAAAACCGUGUCCGAAGCCAAAAAAGACCGCCUUCAACGAGACGGCGCGAUUGUGGUCGUUGUCGAGGAUCUGGUCGCAGACUGGAUUGCUGGCCGUGACCCUAUCAACCCGCGCUUCAAGGAUGUCAUGACCAAGCUGCGACUGUGGGAGUUGACGCAGUUCGAUCGCAUUUGCCUCAUUGACGGUGACACUGUGCUGAUGGAGAACAUUGACGGAGUCUUUGGCGACCCUGCGGUCAACACGCGCACUACUCUAGACAAGCCCAAUGCAAUCCGGGACGACGAAGCGCCACAACCCACCGAAUACGCGUUCGCUUCCACGGCGGAACCAAGUAUGACCCUCCGUACCCCCAUACCUCGAUCUAAACUGUGCUCGGAGGAUGCUGACUCUGUGCGACAAGAAAUCAACCAUGACUUCCCACCUUCGGAGGAGAAGCAGCAAUACCAAUUCGGCCCCAACUACCUCAACAGCGGCUUCAUAGUCUUCCAGCCAUCCACCGAUAUGUUCGCAUACUACGUCUCCCUGCUCGACAAAUCCGACGGACGGUGGGGCGAAGGACUCCCCGAGCAGAACCUCCUCAACUGGGCGCACCGCCGCCCCAAAGGAAACAUGCCGUGGCAGACCCUGGAUAGGAUGUGGAACAUACACUUCCCGACUGUGCAGGACAUGGAAGCCGGUGUCAAAAGCCUUCACGAGAAGUUCUGGAAUCCCGAGCACAAGGACCUCCGGCCAUAUCUGGAGAAGUACAAGUGGAGGAUGUUGGGAUACUUUGAGGGGUUGGCGGCGCGGACCAGCGUUUAG